UAUUAUGUCCUAUAAUCCCGUAGUUUUCUGCUUACAAAGUACAAACCCAGAAAACAACUUCUGAAAUGGCUGGGUCCCUCCAACUUCCCAUUAUCGACCUCGCUUCCUCCGACUGCAUCUCCACCUCUUCGUCAAUUCGUCAGGCAUGCAUGAACUGUGGUUUCUUUUACCUUACAAAUCAUGGAGUGGAGGGAGACUUGUUAUGUGAAGUGCUUGAAGGGAACAAAAAAUUUUUCGAACUCCCCCUUGAAGAGAAGAUGAAACUGGCUCGCAAGGAAAAUAGAGGUUACACACCACUGUAUGCUGAAAACCUUGACCCAUCUUCUAGUGCCAAAGGUGACUCGAAAGAAAGCUUCUACAUUGGAUCUCUUGAAGACACGACAAAUGGAUACUUGAAUCAAUGGCCACCCGAUGGUUCUUUCAUUUACCUUAGUUUCUAUCUUAUUGUGUGGUGGAAUGCCUUAAGACUUGCUGCAGUGAAUCAUAUCCUCCAAGAGAAUGGCAAUGAUGCUUAUGGUUUUGACCGUUCACAGAUUUCCGCCAAUCCGCAGUGGAGACUACAUGGAAGAGCGCUUCAAACUUACGUAUGGCUCUUGACGGAUGUCUGUCUAAGCUUAGAUGAGCUGCUUACCAAGAAUAUGGCUUCAAAUGCCAUUUCUUCAUUUAGCUACAUUCAGUUGCAUGUAUAUAGGUGGGAAGUCCAAUUUCCCAAAUUUUUAUGUUUUAUCUCCCAAAUUAUGGAGUGCAGGGCCUUCAUUGUUAACAUUGGUGACAUGAUGGAGAGGUGGACAAAUGGUUUGUUUCGGUCAACAUUGCACCGAGUAAUGCCAACAGGACAAAUGCGAUACUCGGUAAUCAUUUCUACUCUUUGAUCUUCAUCUUUUGUUCACAUUAGCGUUCGUGCCUUUAAAAAGAUGACUUGAGUUUAUAUCAUUAAU